UUAGUCACAUUGGAGCCGGGAAAGAGGGUGCGUGUGCCGCGGUCUCUGUGGUUUGUGAGUGGUUCCCCUUCGGAGGCCGCUUGAUCCCUCAGCUUCCAGUGUCAAACCAACCUCAUAAGGCGUGUUAUUCCCGUAGUACAUCCCCACGAAGUGAAAUACCGUAUACGGAAACCCCAGACAUACGGUAUAAUACUUUGACCCUACAACACCAACACACACACACACACACACACACGAGGGAUUUUACCGAGGCCUGAGGUGUUACCCGAUUGUUACCCGUCUGUUCCGGGGUGUUGGUGGAUGGUGGUGGCCGGGCUAGCGAUGUGGGGGUGGAGGACAGUGUUCGUGACCACGUGCUUGGUGGCCUGGGCGGCGGCGCAGGGUCAGGAGCCGAGGGCCAGCAGAUGCUCCAUUACCGACUUCGCCUGCGCCAGUCCCGACGAAGAAAAGUGCAUUCCGGAGUUCUGGAAAUGUGAUGGCACCAAGGACUGUGAUGACGGCAGCGACGAGGACCCAGAAAUUUGCCCAGCCAAGCCAUGCGACCGUGCGGAACUGAAAUGUGGGAGCGGAAAGUGCAUCCCUCUGAGGUGGAAGUGUGACGGAGAGGCGGACUGCGAUGACGAGAGUGACGAAAACCCUGAGGAGUGCGCGGGAAUUGUGUGUAAAGCAGAUGAGUUCACAUGUCACAGCGUCGGCAACAAAUCCAACUGCAUCCCCCUCAACUGGGUGUGUGACAUGUCGGCGGACUGCGAUGACGGCUCCGACGAGGUCAACUGCAAUACCACAUGCACAUCGGAGCAGUUCACGUGUGCCUCGGGGAAGUGCAUCUCCAAGCGUUGGCACUGCGACGGCGACAACGACUGCGGGGAGAAUGACAUUUCCGAUGAAGUCAGCUGCCCCAACAAGACUUGCUCCAUCAACCAGGUUGCUUGUCCAGAUGCAACUUGCAUUGACAAGAGUCUGAUUUGUGACGGCAGUGAAGACUGCACCGAUGGAUCAGACGAACACGACUGCCCCGUCGCCACUUGUCGCUCAGACGAGUAUGCGUGCAUCGGGGGCUUCCCUUGCAUCCGCCGGGACUGGCUCUGUGACGGCGAUACAGACUGCCAGGAAGGCGACGACGAGAAGCCAGAAAUGUGCCAAACCAAGUGUCCCGAGGGUAUGUUCAUGUGCGGGGACCAGUCCUGCAUCAACGAGCACCUCAAGUGUAACGGCUUCCCAGAGUGCUCAGACGGACUCGAUGAACAGGACUGUGCGCCUGAGUGUGACAGGGAGCAGGAGUUUAACUGUGGCACUCACUGCAUACCCAUGGAGCUGGUCUGUAACGGCAACGAUGACUGCGGCAACUCCAACGACGAGCCCACCGACGGCACCUGCGGCAAGGACGAGUGCAAGAGCUACAACGGGGGGUGCAGCCAGAUCUGUGUGGACACCCGCGCCGGCUCCUACUGCAAGUGCAAGAAAGGCUUCAUGCUUGUUAAUGGCACCCAGUGUGAAGACAUUGACGAGUGCCUGGAGCCCGGCGUGUGCUCUCAGGUUUGCCGCAACUUUAAGGGCGGCUACAAGUGCGAGUGUGUCCGAGGCUACGCGCGGGACCCCCACAACCACAGCCGCUGCAAGGCCAUGGAGGGACACGCCUCGCUGCUCUUCGCACACUUCACGGACAUCCGCAAAAUAUCUCUCGACCAUCAGGAAAUUACUGCCAUAGUGAACAAGACAAAGGGAGCAACGGCCCUUGACUUUGUGUUCAAGACCGGGAUGAUCUUCUGGACAGACGUGAAGGACAAACUCAUAUACAAAGCACCGAUUGACGAAGGCAGCAAGAAGGUGGUGGUGAUCUCAAAUGAUGUCACCACAGUGGAUGGCUUGGCCGUGGACUGGCUGUACAACCACAUCUACUGGACCAACACAGACACGGACACCAUCGAAGUGGCGGACUUCAACGGGGACAUGAGGAAGACGCUGAUCAAGAGUGAGCUUCAGGAGCCUCGGGCCAUCGCUGUCUACCCGUCCGAGGGCUGGAUGUUCUGGACCGACUGGGGACAGAGAGCCAAGAUUGAGAGGGCCGGCAUGGAUGGGAAUAUGCGAGAGGCCAUCGUUACGACCGGCAUCCGCUGGCCCAAUGCCCUCACGCUGGACCUGGUGCUGCGGAAGGUGUACUGGUGCGACUCAAAGUUCCACUCCAUCUACUCAGUCAACUUUGAUGGCUCGAACCGCAGGACGGUGCUUCACUCCAGCGAAUACCUCCCCCACCCCUUCUCCAUCACAGUCUUCGAGGACACCAUGUACUGGACCGACUGGCGCAAGGAGGCAAUCUUCAAGGCUAACAAGUUCACCGGGAAAAACAUCGUCACUGUCGCUCCGUCACACGCGACGCCCAUGACAGUUCACUCUCAGGUCAUCACAUCUCUAUUCUUCACUCUCAGGUCAUCACAUCUCUAUUCUUCACUCUCAGGUCAUCACAUCUCUAUUCUUCACUCUCAGGUCAUCACAUCUCUAUUCUUCACUCUCAGGUCAUCACAUCUCUAUUCUCUCCAGAGGGGCAGGUGUGGAGGCAGUGAAUUUGAUGGUGAAUUUGAUGGUGAAUUUGAUAGUGAAUUUGAUGGUGAAUUUGAUAGUGAAUUUGAUGGUGAAUUUGAUGGUGAAUUUGAUGGUGAAUUUGAUGGUGAAUUUGAUAGUGAAUUUGAUGGUGAAUUUGAUAGUGAAUUUGAUGGUGAAUUUGAUAGUGAAUUUGAUGGUGAAUUUGAUAGUGAAUUUGAUGGUGAAUUUGAUAGUGAAUUUGAUGGUGAAUUUGAUGGUGAAUUUGAUGGUGAAUUUGAUGGUGAAUUUGAUAGUGAAUUUGAUGGUGAAUUUGAUGGUGAAUUUGAUGGUGAAUUUGAUGGUGAAUUUGAUAGUGAAUUUGAUGGUGAAUUUGAUAGUGAAUUUGAUGGUGAAUUUGAUAGUGAAUUUGAUGGUGAAUUUGAUGGUGAAUUUGAUAGUGAAUUUGAUGGUGAAUUUGAUGGUGAAUUUGAUGGUGAAUUUGAUGGUGAAUUUGAUGGUGAAUUUGAUGGUGAAUUUGAUAGUGAAUUUGAUGGUGAAUUUGAUAGUGAAUUUGAUGGUGAAUUUGAUAGUGAAUUUGAUAGUGAAUUUGAUGGUGAAUUUGAUGGUGAAUUUGAUGAGGAGCUCAGCAGCACCGUGUUGCCUGAGGUGCAGGAGGCCCCGCCCCAUGAGAUAGUGAGCGAUGGUGACAGCGAAGAAGGCAACGUGGCCGUGGCAGCCAUUCUGGCGGCCCUCGGCGUGCUCUGCGUGGCGUCAGCGCUGGCAUACUUCAUCUACCGGUACUUCCGCAAGCGAUCAGUGCACAGCAUGAACUUUGACAACCCAGUGUACAAGAAGACCACCACUGAGGACGGCUUCCACCUGGCCGGCCAGCGCAACAACUGCUCCCGGGGGUCGGCGGCAGGGCCACAGUACCAGCACCGGCAGUACGGCGUCACUUCCCCAGAGGACUCCUUGGAGCCUCUCACAAACGGCAGCAACAACUUUGUGUGAGGCCGAGGGACGCGAAACCCUUGCCGGGCAUCCGGCCUCCCCUCACCCAGACUCAUCGCGUGCCAAAUGGCCAACACAGACUCCAUAUGAUAUAUACAAAUAUAUAUUUUAAUGAUUUAUGAUGAGAUCGGCAAUUGCUGCCAUAGAAAUUCAUCUAUUAGAUUGGGUUUUCUUGUCCCGAGAUAGUCUAGAUGAGUGAGCAAGUCUGUAGUCAAGAGGAAGAUGUGUGCGACAAUGAUGCAGUAACUAAGUGUGAAGGAGAAGUUUGAAACCUUGCUCCUCUUGGACAAAGAAUAAGAUAUUUGAUACAGGAACUAGAAUUCUGGUAGUACAUCUGCUAUGAGUGUUGCACAAGCAUGAACCGCUGCAGUAGUGAAGAGGCCGGCACAGAAAGCCUCGAGCAGAACAGAGACCAACCGAAGGCAUUAACCUUUGCACUUCUCACAGCCAAAGAUACCAUAUUGAACUACAGGUGGUCCACAGGUGCACCAGGUGAGAGGGGCACCCCUGUGGUGGGCCGCCUCAGUCAGUGACGGUGUGGCCGGGCAGCGAGUGUGGCCGAGUGAUGCGUUCCCUGCUCACAAUCUACUCGCUGACAUAAUUCUCCAGAGUUACCAUUUUUACAAUUAAUGUCCUGUACAUGAGUUCCCUCAAGUCUUUUUGUAUAUAAACUCAUAUAUACGGUAAUUAAAUAUAGGAAACGUAUCACGCUUCCAUUCUUUGUUACAAGAAGCCAGUUGUACAAUAACUACCAUGCAUACACUCAUUGCCUCUAUACCAUUCAUGUGUGUUUACUUUAACAAAAUUUCUGUGGCAUCAUUAGAAUAUGAAUGGCUUGAUUUUGCAAUAGACUAACUAGCCUGUCAGGGGAAAACAACAUUGGAAUCUUUCAAAGCUUCAACCUGAGACUUGAUGGAAAAAUCUUGAGUGGAAAUGGUGUAAAUCUGGACCUGCCAUCCCGAGAGCCUCGCGCCUCGCCCCGUGUGAGGCGCGGGGCGUGUGCAGUUCUGUUCUGAUGAGUACAAAGGCAUUUUGAGUAUUUCCCUGUUUAAGAGUUCUAUAAUGUUACUUUUAGACAGUCAUCAUGGUUAGUAUUGUGCUUGUGACUUCCUUUCUAAAUCUGUAAUUUCUCCAGUAAUUAUUGAAAGUAUCCUGUAUUUAUAUUACUUCAUCAGGUGAAUCAAGGAAACGAAAGAAGUGAACUAAAGUCUAGGAAGUUAGAUCUGAAUCUUAGCAAGUUGUAUUUGUUAAUAAGACUUACGGUGGAGUGUAACGCCUGAGUCGGUGGACACAAACGUGUUCCUGACUGUGAACCAGACUGUAUCAAAAGGAAAACGUCACCCAGGUUAAUGUUCCUUAGAAAAACAUAGUUCAGUUUAGUUAUUUAUUCGUUGUAUAGUUUGGUUAAUUUUGUUCCAGGUUGUUUCAAAACUUUGGAUUUAGGGACCUCAAACUACACCUCUUAAGAUAUGAUAAUUAGCACAAAUGUACAUACUUCAGUUAUCUUUCUUAAAGUGUUGAAUUACUAUACAUACUAAAUGCACAUUUUGUUAGUGUUGCAUAAACCUGCAUCAGGCAAGCAGGUUACUGUCUGGCUGCUGCUGCCAUCUUCCACCACCACCACCACCACCUCCUCCUACAAUACACUCUUAUGUAAGUUUGGUGCAGGAACAAGACUGCAUCUGUGUGCCAAGAUUUGCAGCGAGAAAACCGAGCACCUACCUGAGAUUUGGCGAAUGUCUGACAGGGGUUAAACCUUCCCACACACGGCCACAUUACCGAUGAAGCUUCCACCACAAUUACCACUUCUGUGUUGUGGACAAAAUCAGGUAGAUACCCGGUUCUCCGCCUGCAGCCCACACCAAUAAGUAGGUCUCCCCCGAGUGCACAUAAAGACUAGACAAUAAGGAAAGGAAGAUUCAUCACAUGGUUUGUUUUGACAAGAUGCACAAUUUUGGUCCUUGGAUAAGUUCAUGUAUAAGGCCUAUGCUCUUUUAUCUGUGUGAACCCAGGAAAAUAGGCCUUGUAAUCCUUGCAGGCUCAAAAAUGGAUGAUCCCAGUCUCCAAACAGCGAGGACGAAAUUGCCCAUUCUAGUCCAGCGUAUUGUUAAGACUUUAUUUUGGCUAGUUGGUAGGAGGUAAUUAGGGAAUGUAGUGUGUCUCAUUUUGUCAGUGUGCUUUUCUACCAGUAUCUUUUGUGUGUAAAGUGUAGGAUUAUAUGUAGUAGGAACCAUUCAACACAAGCCAUUCAGUGUGAUUUUAUACAUUCAAACGGUGUCAAACCCUUUUUUUAACCAAGCCAUUUAUUAGCGUCGGGCGCAGAGCCACAGGAUUAAGGUCACUUGAAUUGGAUCAAGCUUUGUCUGUACACAUACCACAGUUACAUGGAUGGCUCAGGAGUCAGUCUCUAGACACGGCAACACCUCGAGGAGAGGGCAAGUGUACCACAGCUGUUGGUUCCUCUUGGAAUCUUGUGCUCCAAGCAUAGAUAUUCUACUAUGUUAUAAUAUGUAGAGUUAUCAUCUUUUCUCUCCAGGUUCCUGUCUCCUUUCCCCUCUUGUCCAGUAUCCAGGAAGGAGAGGUCAGCUAGUGGUACCAGUAUAGAGGAAACUUGUCUACACUAUCUUUAGCUUGACAUAUACCUUAUCAGUGUUUACAAACUUUCACUGAAGAAAGUUGUCACAUGCCGAGGUCACUCUAUAUAAAGGCAGACAUAAUGCAGGUAAACCUACUUUAAGUAAUAUUCUAUUGGUCUUGCCCCAAACAUUGUCUCUAAGGGAUCGUCACCAUUGGGUAGCUGCUGGCCACGGCAGUCACUUCCUGUAGCACACGUAUGUAGGUCCACAGUCUCUGACGCGUUUGUUUCAGUUACUUGACCUGACAUUUGCAUUGAACUGUUUGCUUUACACUAAAGCAUUUUGCGCGUCUGCCUUGGAUGAUUUGUUACGGUAGUCAAAAGGUGAUUAGUUUUAUGCCUCACUAAUUAAUGUUAAAUUAUGAGGCAAAAAGGAUUUACAUAACAUACCAUUUAUAAAGAAUUACUUUAAUAUUUAUAUAAAAACAUUCAAGUUUACUACUAACCAUAAUAGCUUCAAAGUCUUAUAGGGAUUGCCCAUUUUGCUGCUUGAGUGAUGUUCUGCUGAUAGUCAAAACACUUCACCAGUGAACCCAAGUGGUGGCUACUCAGCCAUCACAAACAACAGUGAAGCCCAACACUAUCAGACUACAGCCAACAUUCAACAUCACCAGACUUCAUUAAGACUGCCAACAGAUGAUGAACAGUGUUGUGGUGUUCUUAUCAAACAUAAAACAACAAACUGUGCCUCCUGCAUAAGCCAAAUACACAAUCUAACAUGAUAAACCCGUUGAGAGCAUCCUGCGUACUUUUUAUGUACAUCGCAGUGGAGUGACUAUGAGGACUUGACUACUGGACAGACGACCCCCAAGCAGCUGUUUGAUAUAUUAGGUGUUCCCUGUACAUGUAUUUGACCUGGGUUCAAUUACAUAAAAGUUGAGUUGCUUAAUUUAUAAAUGGUAUGGACAACUCAUCACUAGUUGAAAUUUUACCAAAGAUUAUUCUUAAACCCUGUUACUUCCUCAAGACGUAUCUUCAUAACUAAUUAUUUGGGCUACACUUCAUAUGGGAGAGGCAAGCAGGUCCUGAUCCAUAUCUGAGUAUGAUUUGAUUAUUACUGGGUAAAAACUAAGGAAGACUUAUUCCUGUUCCUUGUGUUUUAUGUGCAUUAUUUUCCUGAAGUAAGAGGAAAGAUUUCAGAAUGGCUGACAGCAUUCAUCAGAAGUUAUGAUUGUUUAUCUGUAUAUCUGUAUUAUGUAUGUCAAAAAGUAGACUGUCAUUAUAUUCCUAAGUGGGUCAUUAGGUUUAAACUGUGAUAUACAGUGUAGUAAUGUUUUUGUCUCAUUGUUUAAGAAUUGUGUACCUAAAUGUGUUAUGAUAGAUAUGGUAUAUUGGUAUCACACAAGUUUGUAAACAUGCAAAAUGAGACAUUACUUUUCUACAAUUAGUCUAUGCGUCUUAUUCAUCUGAUAUAUUGUGUAUGGUGUCUUAAGCAUUUUUAUCAGUGUGACUGAACAUUUUAAGGUGUCCUUAAAGUUGAUGGGUGGAUGAGACAGCUGAGUGGAUGUCGUGUGUGAUUGAGUGACAGAUUCGUGUGUUUGUGUGCACGCGCUGUGUUAGUAAAGUUGCCGUGCUGGGACACCAACAUGCACUGCAAGACAACCACAUUUGUGCUGAUGCUGAGGGCUGGAAGUCGUCACUGAACCAUUCUAUUUAAAAAAAGUCUACUGCCCAUGCACCUGAGCAUGUUGACCUUUCUAGCUUCUCAUUGGUGUAAUAAUUGACUCACUACAGCCUCCAUUUCAAUAUUAUAUUCGGUAAUAUUUGCACGAAUUGGUCAAAGCAAAACCUUUCCACAAGUCUCAUUGGCACAAAUUUUUGUAAGUCAUUUGUCAUACUUGCAGGUGUCAUGUCCCUUUCACGGGUACUUGAGAGCUUUCCUGAGGUGGAAUAUCUUGAAUGGCUUUACCCUCUCCCACUUCUAAAUCACUAAUGAUAUGUCACAACGGUGGAGUGAACUGCCUCAAUAAACUGUGCGUCUCUCAGGCACCAGCAUGAGUUGUACACACUGGCACAACCUAUUACUGAGCUACAUCGUCCCAGGGGGCACGUGGACAAGAACAAACUUAUAUAUGGAUGACUUUUAACCUAAAUUAAAUAUUUUAUUACUAUGAUCAAGUAAAUGUCAAACUGUAGUCUUUUUAUAAAAUGACCCUUAAGAAACAUUCUCUGUCUUGGCCCACUGCACAUAUAUAAUGAAAACCCUGACUUAGAGACUGUUUUCAAAGGAGUAUCGGAUCCGUCCCAAAGCCCAGACAUCAGACCCGCUUCCAUCUUCAUUCAAAACUACCCAAUAUGGCCAAUAAAAUUCAGAUACCUUUGCAAGUGAACAUUAAUAUUAGAGAUUAGCAGUUUAUUACAGUUAUUUUUUCAUUAGUAUUGUUGUUAAGAUUAUUAUUAUUAUUAUUAUCAAACUUUAAAGCAGAAAAUACGAAGCUAGUUACUUCUUGCUGAGUGAACAACAUGGGCUUCACCUGAUGCCCCUUCAAUUAUUACCUUCAACAAGAGUAUCAUGCAUGGCCCCCAAUCAAGAGCAUAAAUAUAAUUUACUUCAGACAAAACUGUGGAUGAAGCACUGAAGGCGCUCCACCUGUGAAUAUCAGAACCAGGAAUCACAAUUUUACCUGUAGCUCACGUCCUCCCUCAGAGGCCUGGCGAGGCAGUGUGUGGCAGAGACAGGAGUGAAUGAAGGUGUGAGUGUGGUUCCUUUACUCCAUCAGAUAUUUCAAAUCCACCAAGCUUUGAGCACAGUGUCCAAUUUGUGCUUACAUUUAGGUUACUACUAUGGUAUUGUAUAUUAGAUUAUUGUAACUCAGUUUCAUAACAAAACACUUCAUUUGAUAA